AUGGAUUGCAUGGAUACACCCUGGACCAGGACACGAACGUUGACGCGCGUCACGAGGAUUCUCGGUUUCGACGACGGCUGGCUUGCCGACGACUCCCUCUCGCCCUACACGAUGCGAAGGACGCGGACGUGGUCGUUGGACGCCAUGCCCGCGAGCCUGCGGCCGACGGUGCUGCAGCUGGCGGUGGACCAGCACCCCUGGAUUGACCUGUUCCCCUGCCCGCGGAUGCGCGACAGUUUCCUGCGGAUGAUACAAGUCCACGGCGAGAAUGCGGUCGAUGAGGACGAACUGUGUCGGGACUACGCGGAUACAGCGGGAGCUAAGAAGGGGCUGGAGGAUGGGGCGUCUGCCAUUGUGUGGUCCGAUCCGUGGUCGCCUCAUGGGUGGGAGCUUACGGCGGGCUUUGUGAAGAAGUGGCCGUGGUUUCUGCAAGGGUGUGUUGAGCUCCAGGCGGGCAUGAAUGCCUGGAGGACGCGCCGGGGGCUCGAGAGACUGCGAUUUCUGGGGUGCUGA